AUGGAGACUCAAAAGUAUCCUGUUGUCCCUGGGCAUGAGAUUGCAGGCAUUGUAAAAGAGGUGGGUUCCAAUGUUCAGCGCUUCAAAGUUGGUGACCAUAUGGGAGUGGGAACUCAUGUCAACUCAUGCAGAGAUUGUGAGUACUGCAACGACAGAUUUAAUGGUGUUGGUGUUGAUGGUACAAUCGCAAAAGGAGGAUACUCCAGUCAUAUAGUUGUCCAUGAAGGGUACUGCUUCAACAUACCAGAAAACUAUCCAUUGGCUUCGGCAGCUCCUCUACUUUGUGCUGGAAUUACUGUUUAUGCUUCGAUGGCAUUUGGUUUGAAUGUAACAAUUUUCAGCACUAGCAUAUCCAAGAAAGAGGAAGCUUUAAGUCAGCUGGGUGCAGAUAACUUUGUGGUCUCAUCUGACAGAAAUCAGAUGAAGGCCCUGGUGAAGUCAGUAGACUUUAUAAUUGAUAUAGCAUCUGGUGAUCACCCUUUUGAUCCAUACGCAGAACUAUUGAAACUGGUGGAGUUCUGGUCUUAUGGUGGGAUUCCCCAUGUAACAGGUGGAACAAAGGAUAUCCAAGAAAUGAUAGAUUUCUUUGCUUCAAAUGGAAUUCAUCCAAUGAUUGAAAAAUUUCAAUUCAAUCUGCAAAUGAAGCUAUUGAGAGGCUACUAA